UUGUUUUGCCGUCGCGCAGCUUUUCGCUACGUCUGCAUGUGUACGUAACGUUCCGUACUCUCUGCCGGCGAACUUUCCUCUUGGUUUGCCAAUUUGCCAGCUUUAGACGUUUUGUAUUUGCAGUUGAUUGAACUGGAUGAAAGGAGGCUCAUCAAAUUGCAGGUAUGGGUGUGCGUCAAAGAAAAACCGGAGACAGCAGCCAACCGUCCUCCAAAGAGAGCUUAGCGAAAUCCAAAGAACCGGAAAAAAAGCCAGAGUCCAGAUUCGAUUCAAAGUUUGUCAUUUUCGUCAUCUUCAACGCCGUGGUGGUGCUGUGUGUCAUCAUCUACAUGGGCUACCUCCACUACCUGGAGACGUGGGUGGUGACGCCGCUGAACCUACCAAAGGUUGUCACGAAGAGUGACUUGGAAGUUCCCGACAGGUACUGGGGUUCGUACCGCAGUCCCCUGUACUUUGGACUUAAAACCCGCAGUUCGCGUCCCCUCUCGGUCGGACUCAUGUGGUUCCCCCAAGCCCUCAGCCGCGGGGUACUACCGGUUCGUCACUGGUGCAGCAAAGGGGACGGUCUCGCACAGUACGGCUGGCUACGGCACGACGGCGUCAACUUCGGCAUCCAGAGCAUUCUGGACGGAGAGUACAAAAUCGAGACUUCAUUCGUCAAGAGAGCAGGCGGCCGUAACGGUGGUGACUGGACCGCACGCAUUGGUGUCAAACCGAGGAAGAAAAACGCAACGGUCACCGUGCCCAUUUCGCUACUCUUCUACGUGGCAACGGACGGGCACGGCAGGGUCACCCCUUCAGUCGACGUGUCUACCCUACACUCUGUGCACGGCGAAAGCGACGAGCUCGGCAAGUUCCAGCUUCGUUUCGUAGACAGGGAGCCCAAACAAGUCAUGCACCACAAUUUCUUGAGCACCGUAGCCACGGGGAUGCAUACUCUUAAAGAGACAGUCGUAGGAAACAUCGUUGCCGUGCAAGGCAAGAAGGGAGGGCCACGCCUGUACUUUGUGAGGGGCCACAACAUCCCCUCGGACAAGAACGUGCAAAAACGCGUGCCCAACUUCAUACUGACUCAGGUCACCGUUCAGCCGCCGUACGAGAUGGAGGUGGUCUUCGAAUCGGCCAGCUUCGAAGAUCGUGAAAACUCUCUCGAAGGAGAAGAGUACGACGCGGAGCUUCUGAGGCGAGUGACCGACUUUGAGGAGAAGUUUGAACGCCUCUUUGGUCUCAGUGCAAAGAGCUAUACGCAGGAGGAGAGGAACAUGGCCAAAGAAAUUCUCAGCAAUACCCUCGGAGGUAUCGGCUAUUUUCAUGGCUCCUCUCUCGUGCAGUCAGCCUACAACAAGGAACCGGUCGAGUACUGGCCAGCGUCUCUGUACACGGCAGUUCCCUCGAGAUCCAGUUUCCCGCGCGGGUUUCUGUGGGACGAGGGAUUCCACAACUUGCUCAUUAGUCGCUGGGACGCCGAGAUUUCGAAGGACAUCUUAGCUCACUGGCUCGACCUGGCAAACGUCGACGGGUGGAUUCCGCGGGAACAAAUCUUGGGCCUCGAAGCGAGGGCGCAGGUGCCCGCGGAAUUCGUGGUGCAGCGCGACACCAAUGCCAACCCUCCCGCGCUCCUGCUGGCGUUUGAGACUCUGCUGAACAGCCCAGAAGCGGAGAGAGACGUAGCUUUCUUUCGCCGUGCCUUUCCGCGUCUCCUCAGGCUCUUUCAUUGGCUCAACACUACUCAGGUAGGAAAGCUGCCCGGUACUUACCGGUGGCGCGGCCGCGCCGCCGCCAGCCGCAGCGAGCUCAACCCGAAAACGCUCACCUCCGGACUAGACGACUACCCGCGCGCGUCGCACCCCAGCGACGACGAACGGCACGUAGACCUACGCUGUUGGAUGGCGCUCGCAGCGCGCAUCCUGGCACGCAUGGCCGAAGUGGUGGGCGAAUCUCCCGUCGACCUCGUCGCGACAGCGCGCCGCCUAAGUGACCCCGAGGAGCUGGACAAGCUGCACUGGUCGCCCGUCUCGGAGUCCUACUGUGAUUACGGCCUGCACACGGACCGUGUGAAACUCGUGAACCAAAAGACCCCGCCCGGCCAACACCCACCGCAGCAUUUACCGAAGGUCCGUCUUGCCCUCGAGUCUCCCGCCCUCCGUUUCGUGCAGCACUUUGGGUACGUGAGCCUGUUUCCGCUGCUGCUGCAAGUGUUGCCCUCGGACAGUCCGACGCUGGGAAAGCUCCUGUCGGACCUGCGGCAGCCGUCUCUCCUCUGGACGGACUAUGGCCUGAGGUCGCUGGCCAAGACGUCGCCGCUUUACAUGAAGUACAACACGGAGGUCGACCCGCCGUACUGGCGAGGCCCGAUCUGGAUUAACGUGAAUUACCUGGCGGUGCGUGCGCUCUAUCAUUACAGUCAGCUUCCGGGGCCGCACCAGGAGCAGGCCUUUGCACUGUACAAGGAGCUGCGGAAGAAUGUCGUGGACAACGUCUUGCGCGAGUAUCGUUGCACAAAGUACAUAUGGGAGCAGUACCAGGACACAACGGGUAAAGGGCAAGGGGCGCACCCGUUUACGGGCUGGUCGGCAUUGGUGGUGCUCCUCAUGGGAGAACGUUAUUAAGUGGAGCGUGCUGCUCGUGCUGGACGGUGUUUGUCCAGUACGGGAAGGACUGUUGGGAAUGUCGCCAUUCCGAGUGAUGCGUGCUGUAGUACAUUCGCUCUUAAAUUUCUCCUCGUGAAACGAAAGAUGCUGUCACGUACCUUGAUGCCAACGCAGAAGGAACCGGACUCAUCGAUUCAGAGAGCAAAAGAAACCUCUUUCCCUCUCAUUGGUCUCCUCAAACGAUUUGUCCAAUCAUGGGGAAGAUCAUUUGAGGAGACCUCUCUGCAUUGUCGUACUUCUUGAGGGAGCAAUUUUAAGGGUGUGCCAACGACGCAUUGUUGUGGAUAUGAACUUUGGUGGGGCAGUUUUUGUUUAAUUCUAGCGCAACGUAAUAAAAUAAGCUGGUCACGCGAUUUUUGUGACACAGCUGGAAUAAUGGGUAAUAAAGAAAGAAAUAAAAAAAAAUGGAUAAAGACCUUCAAGUAAAACGA